AUGUUCACUUGCGUUAGAAAAAUAGAUGAAAGCUUCACUUCUGCGCACGUAUCUGCAAGAGCUACGAUACAACAUAACAUUUCGUAAGACAAAUGUCCCAUGAAACGAAUAAAAAGAAAAAAGAAAGAAAGAAAGAAAGAAAAGGAAAGAGAGAAAGAAAGACACUUUGUCCCGAUAUCCUACAUCUGUACAAUAUUGACAAAAUUUUCUAAAGCUUCUCCGAGUUUCGUGAAGUUUGUCAAAGUGGGCUAGCUACUUUAAUCGAAAAGUCGCCGGCGAAAGGAGAUCAUACGCGGUAGGUAGGUAGGUACUCCGAGAUUCUUUCGCGAGGCAGAAAACGCAUUCUUUUGUGCCAAGUAACUCCCCUUUUGUUCACUCGGCUCUCGUUUUCUCGUUGCAGUAUAACAUAAAGAAGCGGGAAGAGGUGCAAGAAGCGACCCAAGAAGAGCCGAAUCCUUUGAUGCGCAAGAAAAAGACGCCGGAGGAAUUGGCCGCGGAAGCCGAGGCGGAAGACGAGGACGAGAUUACAAGUAUGUACACGGAGUCAAUUGCAUUCGCUCAUCACACUCGGUACACACGACCCUCCGCCAAGAGGUUGAGGCCAGUGAAGUCCACAUGGCGCAGGGUUAAGAACGAACGAGAGAUGUAA